CAAACCCGCCCCAAACCCGCCCAUUGCCAUCCCUACUCCUAGCUCUCCCCCCUACCUCUCUCCGAUCACUCCCAGUUGUAACCCACCGUCGUCUUCAACCUUACUUCGGCAGCAACGCAAGCUUCAUACCGUUUCCGUUGAGGGUGAUCAAUUUUGCUCGACAACGAUGAUUGGUGGGGAGUCGGAUUCUGGGACGGUGAGAUUUUGGAGAGGGGAUGAGAGUAUUAGAACACGUUUGCCCCAAGUGGGAAUAGAUUCCGCUGGAGUUCUUCCAUUUUUGUCACAGCCGACCAUCAAAAACUUCGAGAUCCACCUCCUCGCCUCACGGCGGACACUCCAACUCCGCCUUGAAAGCUUUAUUCUGCAGCCUCAUCAUGUUCUUAUGCUGAAACGGGACCAACCCAGAGACGAGAACAAAGAAAAUAACGACGCACUAUCACAGAUCUGUCGCAGCACCGUCAAACCCCUUUUUGCGGAUCGAGCACCUCGCCGCCCGAUCUUCAAGAAAUUCUUUCUCCUCUGUAAUUGCCCCACUGGGCAGUGGAAAAACCCUAUCGAAAUUGGAUCCGCCAACGCAACGACGACGGCUGAGUGAAGAAGAAGCUUGGAGAUACCGGCAGCAGGGAAGCCGGUAUGGGUAACAAUAUCCCGGGCUGUCCGCGACAUCGCGCCGGGGUCGUCGUUGAAAGGAUUGGAGAAGUAGACCGCGGUGGAGUUAGUGGUGGUGGCAGAGAAAGAGCCGGCAAGGCGUUGAAACUUGAAAAGGUGGAACCACUUCCGUAAGUCCUCCUUGUGAGCAAUUAGGUAAUUAGCUUUUAUUUUUAUUUUUUAAUUUUGAUAAUGAGAUGGAAAAGUAAAUAUUAAUUUUUAUUUGUUUUUAAUUGUCACGUCACUUAUUUAACGGUCAACUAUUAGAGUUGACUGCCACGUCAGCAAAACUUAACGGAGACUAACGGAGAGUGACCAAACUUGAACUGUUGAACUAAUUUAAGUGACUACGGAUGGAAUAAAUUAAUUUUAGUGGC